ACUCGAAGAUUCGCUGGUCGUCGAUGAGGCUGCUUCGACGGCGCCAUAUCCUGUCAACUCCGGACAAGGCUAUUAUUAUUAACAUUAACACGGCUGUUUUUCUUUCCACCGUUCACCUCCACGCAAAUCGGAAGUGCAAUUACUCCCGUCUAGAAUGAGUGCAUCUCCCGCUGCCCUGCCCAAGGCGGCUGCGAUUCCCGCUCGUCUGCUGCGGACGUCGCGGACAUGCUCCCAGCAAUGUACGGAAGUGCAACGGCGGACCCAAACAAGAACAUUUUACACCAACACCAAGUCCUCCAGCGCAAGACGUCCUGGUGCCGUUCAAUGUAACAAGACGAUCGUCUUUUUGAACCCAUGCAAGCCGUUCCAUAGCUCCUCGCCGCGUCUGGCCACCCCGGAUCCCUACAAGGUGCUGGGAGUGGACAAGAAUGCGUCCCAGGCAGACAUCAAGCGGGCGUAUUAUGGCGCUGCGAAGAAAUUCCACCCAGACACCAACAAGGAACCGAACGCGAAGGAGAAAUUCGCCGAGGCGCAGUCGGCAUACGAGUUACUGUCCGAUCCCAAGAAGAGAGAAGCGUACGACCGUUUUGGCUCUGCGGCCUUCGACCAGAAUGGAGGAUUCGAUCCCAGUGGUGCGGCCGGCGGCAACCCGUUCGCCGGAGCAGGAGGCUUCCAUGGCUUCGGAGGCGGGUUUGGCGGAGGCGGGUUCGGUGGAGGCUUCACUGGCGACAUCAAUUUCGACGACAUCUUCAGCGCAUUUACCGGUGGUGCUCGACGGGGCCCUCGAGGGCGACGGUCGCCUUUCCAGGAGUCUAUUCUGGUUGGUGAAGAUAUCGAGGUCCAGACAAAUGUCUCCUUCAUGGAAGCCGCAAAGGGAACGGGCAAGGAUAUCUUCAUCACCCCUCUGGUGCCAUGCAACACCUGUAAUGGGGAUGGGUUGAAGAAAGGCGCGAAGCGGUCCCAAUGCAAGCAGUGCAAUGGCUCGGGAACCAGGGUUCAUUUCAUGCAGGGAGGAUUCCAGGUGGCCAGCACGUGUGACGCCUGCGGUGGAAACGGACAGGUUGUGCCUCCAGGCUCCGAGUGUGGAACCUGUCAUGGUAACGGUGUCGUGAGAGAUCGACGGACGGUUCAUGUCGAUAUCCCUGGAGGAGUUGAGGACGGCAUGCGGUUGCGAGUGGCCGGUGAGGGAGAUGCGCCUCCUACAGGCACCGCUGCAGCUCCAGGUGCUCGCACGCAGCGCGGUGACCUCUAUGUGUUUAUCCGCGUAUCGCCUGAUCACCGCUUUAGCCGCUCAGGGUCGGACAUCCUCUACACGGCCUCCAUUCCUCUUACCACUGCCGUUCUGGGAGGUGAGGUGACUGUGCCGACGUUGGACGGGGAGGUCAAGGUUCGAGUGGCUACCGGAACUGGUACUGGCGACAAGAUCACCUUGUCCGGUAUGGGCAUGCGGAAGCUUGGAGGCCGGCGAGGCCUGCAGGCCAACGGGGAUCUGAGGGUGGAAUUCAAGGUCCAGAUGCCCAAGUCGCUCACUGCUAACCAGCGCACGAUCCUCGAAGUCCUGGCCGAUGAGAUGGGAGACAAGUCGGCCAAGCGGAUCAUGAAUAUUGGAAAGGAAAGCUCGGAGACAUCGACCGCAUCUGAUUCCCACAAAAACGAAGGCUUCCUGAAGUCUGCCUGGCACCGACUGAUGCACCAGCACAAGUCCGAUUCCGCGAAGGACGCUGAAGGUCGGAAGAAGGAUGAGGGUAAGCAGGAUUCCGAUGACCAGAAGAAGGCAUCCGGGUCGAAAUAGUGUAUGUUUGAACGCGACGGCGUCACUUUUCGCUUCAUCGUUUAUACUGUGUUUUUAACUAUAUCAUAGCGACGGCGAUAUUGGGUUCUAUCUACUUGUUUAUUGUAUAUGCUCCUUUUUUCCUUCUAUUUCUCUCGGGGAUCGGGUUGCACGUUGAUGAGCCUGUGGCAGCCCUCAGGAUGAUGUACCAAUAGACUUUGGAGCCAUAUCUUGUACUAUAGUACUCACAAGACAUCUCUACUUCUACUUCGUGGGCGAGCUGCAAAAUGCUGCUAUUUACUCUAUAUAAAGAGUAUAAAAUCAUUAAUAUAGCGCUACUUAUUUCUAUUAAUAUAGAAU